AUGUUUAAUGUAUAUAAAAGUAAUGAAGAACGGUUACGAUAUAACCAACUAAAAGCACACCAAAACUUUUUUAAACUUAUAAACUCUAAAACUGUUCAAUGUAAAUGUGGUAAGCAAGUAAAAUUAGAUAAAACAUAUCGCGUAAAGAAUUUAGAAACUCAUGCUUCUGGCAGUGGGUGUUUAUUUCAGAAUAGUACAAAUAAGAGACAAUUUAGUAUUUUGAAUUUUGUAAAACGCCCUUUAGAAAUUGACGAAAAUAUACCUGUUCAAAUAUCACCUAUAUCAUGUCAAGACCUUAAUGAUGAUAAAUAUCUGGAUUAUAUUUUACUUACACCAACGCAAUAUGGAGGAGGAAAAAGGGAUUAUAUAGUUGCAUAUAACUUAUUUCCAAAUAAGUUUUCGGGGCGUAAAGGGUUUUCAAGAAAUAAAUUAACACCAGAAGAGAAAAUUAUUUGGCGACGUGAGUUAUUAUUAACCUUUAAAUGGCGUAUUGAUAAAGAUCUUAAAGCAAUAUUCAGCAUGAAUUGUGAGCGAAAAAUACGGCACCCAAGUGGUAUUUGUAUAAAUUGUCAAGCUAUACGUGAUAAUGCACAUUUUAAAAGAGCUUUAAUCGAGAGGCGUCAUAAUGAUUCUACGGCAAAAUAUAUACCUAAUCAUUAUGAGUUUACUAAAACACUCCAAAACGCUAAUUUGGAAAAGAUAUAUCGUUCCAGUGUUGAUGGUCAAGAAACAAAAUAUGGCUAG